CUCUCACACACACACAGACCAGUCACAUCACAACACUUGGUAGCGAUUGUCGUUCUACGAUUCUCACCCGCAUAUCUCUCUGUAUACCUCCCAACUUCCCAACCUUUAUCAGGUCACGAUGCCCCGCUCUACUCCUUCGGUUUCCAGCGCCAAUGCUAUCAACGCUCCUCGUCUUCAGGAGGACGCCAAGCCAUGCGUCUCGGACCUUGUUGCCAAGCUUGUGGACAAGCCCUUCGACAACCUGGAAUGGUUCGCCAACUUGUGCAAGCUCUACGGCUCCCACCCGAUGGACAAUCUCAAGUACGCCAUCCCGAAGACGAACGACGAUAGCUUCUCGCGGAUUGCGCUGGACUUCUGCCAGGAACAUGCCGACACGGCGCAGGCGAGUACCGAGGACAAGGACAAGCUCUGGCAAGUCUUUCUCAACACGUGCUCGGCUCGCUUCGCCCCCCGAUGUGAUUGGUCUCGGCACAUGGACAUCGCCCACCUGGAGAUUCGCACGGACGAGGACCACGCCGCGUACUCGGAGCGCGCCCGCAGCCUGCUGGCCAACGUCAAUCCCGAGCUUCACGUGGUGUGCACGUACCUCGCCGGGUUCCACGACACGCGUCUGCAGCUCUUCAUCUCGGACAAGCAGCCCAAGACUCUGCACGACGCCAUCAUCCUCGUGGACCGGUACUUCUCCAUCGUGCGCAGCAAGCGCCGCCACGACACGGCCUCUUCCGACCUCAAGCGUAGCAAGCGCUUUCCACCACAACAACCGCCGCGCUCGCACCAGCCUCGCAUGAGGAACCGUCGUCCCAAACAGCAUCAGCUUCGCAAACUGCCACCGUGCAGUCGGUGCGGUCGCACCAACCAUGUCGUCAGUGAUUGCCAUGCUCGGCGUCACGUGAAUGGCAAACAGUUGGAUGGGCCAACGGCCACCAACACGGUGCGUGUCAACCCGACACAAGCCGGUGCUGAGCUGCAUGAUGCCUCGCACGUUCCUCCGCCUCCGCCUCCUCGACCUCUUCCACGAGUUGAUCCAGCUGAGUCUGUUUCGCAGCUCACUGAGUCCGUGAAGCAAAUUGGCAUCGUUGAGGACAUGCAAUUUGACGAGGAAGGCAGGCCGGUCACCGUUGUGUCCGUGAACGCUUGCACUCGCAACUCCUCUUUGAUUAGCACUAAUGUGCUCUUCUGUAACAAGAGACUGCGAGCGCUUGUGGACACUGGGGCCGAGAGGUCAUUGUGUAAACUCAGCAACUUUUCUGAGACACGUCCCGGAGCUAAGCUUACGCUUGCUCUCGCGGAUGGCAGCACCAGCACCACCGAUCGUUACGCCACUGGCAAGAUCGAGUGGUGUGGCCAUGUCACCAGCAUGUGCCUGCCAGCAGUGAAAGAUCUCUCUGUGGAUCUCCUGCUCGCAUCUGGACAUUCUCUGUUUACAUCACUUGAUCUUAAAUCCGCAUAUCACCAAGUGAGACUCAAACCAAAAGCACGUGAGCUGACAGCAUUCUUCGCACCUGAAGAAGGGCACCGCCCCAUUGAGAAACAACUCGACCCAGUUCUUCACUGGCCACUGCCCAAGACUGCUCACGAUUUGCGACAGUUUCUUGGCGCUGCAAACUACUACAAGAAAUACAUUCGCAAUUACUCCGACUAUGUUGGCACAAAGAAAAACUCGAAGAAGCGACUGUCAAACUGGACGCAGGAUGACUCGCGAAUCUUCAACAAUCUCAAGGCCACCAUGGCCAAGUUGCCCACGUUGUGUCCCACGCUCGACCUUGAUCCUACAGAGCCACUGGAUCUGUUUACAGACUCCUCCGACAAAGCAGUCGGCGCUGUUCUCCAGCACAAGGGUCGCCCCAUUGAGUUCUACUCCAGCACCCUUUCAGUGCAUGAGCGAAACUGGCCAAUCAGGCAGAAGGAGCUGUAUGCCGUCAUCAAAGCUCUGCAACAUUGGCGUUACCUUUGUAUCGGUCGCCCCAUCACUGUUUACACCGACCACAAGUCGCUUGAGCGAGUGUUGGCACAGAACAAGAUACAGGAAGCCCGCAUUCAGCGAUGGUCGCUCUUCCUCUCAGACUUCAACGUUACUUUCAAGUACAUUCCAGGCGACAAAAACGUCGUUGCGGAUGCACUCUCUCGCACUUGCAUGGUCAGGGAGCUGCUUGAAGACGAGACAGUCAACAUCCGCUGGUCUGACUACCUCAAAGACCCUUUCUGGGAGAAGGUCAUUCACGACCUCGCGUCCUUUCCACAGUACAAGCGUGUCGGCGAUCUACUCUAUCACAAGAACCGCAUCUGCGUGCCAUCUUCCAGCCAUAAAAGCGUAAUGGCCAUGGCGCAUGAUGGGCUGAGCAGUGGACAUCAAGGUGUUUCCAAGUCUCAGGCCCGCGCUGCGCGCGAAUUCUAUUGGCCGGGGAUGCACAGUGCGAUUCGAGAGUACGUUGACACUUGUCACACAUGCGCAACGGCAAAGAGUGGUCGUAGACUCAAGGUCCCCACCCAAGCCUUGCCGGUGGCACCAUACCCGUGGCACACAGUCACAAUGGACUUGAUGGUUGGACUACCAACUACAUCUCAAGGACACGACGCUAUCUACGUGUUCGUAGACAAGUAUUCCAAAAUGGUCCAUUUGGCCCCUACGUCCAGCACUGUCGAUGCCCAGGGUUGUAUUUCACUAUUCAUUCAACAUGUGUACAAGUUACACGGACUCCCCGAAGUCCUCAUCUCCGACAGGGAUCCGCGGUUCACCGCAGCUCUGUUCAGGAAAGUCAUGCACAAGCAAAGCCCUGUGCUCCCAGACGAGCUCAUGGAUCGGUUGGCAAAGAUACAGCAUGAAGCAUCCUCCAACUUGCAACAGCACUUUGACAAGGCUUCGUCAUCAGAACACAUUGAACCCCCCUUCAGGGAGGGAGACGAAGUGUAUGUUAGCACACACUUAUUACGAAAUGAAGAUGCGAAGUACCGCUCAAACAAACUCACACCACCAUACGAUGGUCCGUUCAAGAUUAAGAACGUUCUCGGUCCAGCGCAUUAUCGCGUGGACUUCUCACCAUUGAAAGUGCGCAUACACGAUGUCAUCAACAUCAAGUUCCUGAAGAGAACGAAAGGCACCCGAUCUGUGCAUCGACCAGGUCCUUUGCAAGGGUUCAGCGAUGAUGUGUACGCAAUGGAACGAAUCCUGCGCCACAGAAAGCAUCGCGGUAGACUCGAGUACCUAGUAAAGUGGCUCGGCUAUCCGGAAUAUGAAGCGACAUACGUUCAGGCCAAAGACAUGAUUGGCUCACGAUGCAAACGCUUAUUGGCUGAAUAUCAACUUCAGACUGCCAAAGCAGAUGCUGCCAAAGAGCGCUCUCUCAAACGCAGGUCUCAGAAGAGCAACGCUCGACACAUAAGGUCAAAGACCUCAAAGCGUUAA